GCCUGAAUUACAUUGUGAGUAUUUGUGUUCCAAGCAGAAACUGAAGAUGGACAAAUCCCAGAAUGCAAGUUACCAAGCUGGCGAGGCCAAGGGCCAAGCUCAGGAAAAGGCGGGCAACAUGGCGGACAAGGCGAGCAAUGCUGCUCAAUCUGCCAAGGAAUCAUGCCAAGAGGCUGGCCAGCAGAUGAAGGAUAAGGCACAAGGGGCUUGUGAUACAGUUAAGGAUAAAGUUGGAGCAAACAAAUGAAAAUCAUAUUGGACCUCAUCGUUCGAGCAAGCCCUCCCAAAUAAAUUUUG